AUGACGGACGGAACGAUGCAGAUUGAAAAUGUCCAGGAGACUGUGGAAAUGAUCAAGCAUGGGGAGAUCGACGAGUCCCUGUAUAGUCGACAACUGUAUGUUCUUGGCCAUGAGGCCAUGAAGCGUAUGGGCUCAUCGAAUGUACUUGUCGUCGGUCUCAAGGGUCUUGGUGUGGAAAUCGCCAAGAACAUUGCUCUCGCCGGUGUGAAAUCCCUUACUCUCUUCGACCCCGCUCCUGUCGCCAUCGCCGAUCUCUCCUCGCAGUUCUUCCUCCAGCCCCAGGAUGUUGGCCAGCCCCGCGCCGAGGUCACAGCCCCACGAGUCGCCGAACUCAACUCCUAUGUGCCGGUGACCAUCCACGAAGGCACGAGCCUGGUCGAUAAUCUCGAGGAGCUGAAGCGCUACCAAGCUGUGGUCUUGACGACAACCUCAUUGAAGGAGCAACUAGUGAUCGCAGACUUCUGCCACCAGAAUGGCAUCUAUGUUACGAUCACGGACACCUUUGGUCUCUUCGGAUAUAUCUUCAAUGAUUUCGGUAAAAAUUUCACCGUCGGCGACCCCACUGGUGAGGAUCCCGUCGGUGGUAUUAUCGCCGACAUCGACGAGACUGGUCUUGUCUCCGCACUGGACGAGACUCGACACGGAUUGGAGGAUGGUGACUUUGUGACAUUCACUGAAGUUAAGGGCAUGGACGGCCUGAACAACAGUGAUCCUCGCAAGGUCACUGUGAAGGGUCCAUAUACCUUUACUAUCGGGGAUGUUUCUGGCCUUGGCUCCUAUCAGGGCGGCGGUCUCUACACACAGGUCAAGAUGCCCAAGUUCGUUGAUUUCCAGCCGCUCUCAGAACAGAUCAAGAAGCCCGAAUUUCUGGUUUCUGAUUUUGCCAAAUUUGACCGGCCCCAACAGCUCCAUCUUGGUGUUCAGGCUCUCCACAAGUUUGCAGAGACACACGAGGGACAAUUUCCCCGCCCACAUAACGAUAGUGAUGCACAGGAUGUCCUGAAGAUUGCGAAUGAGCUCGCAGCUGCGGAGGCGGAGAAGGUCGAGCUGGAUGAGAAAGUGAUCAAGGAGCUGAGUUACCAGGCCCGCGGUGAUCUGAACUCCUUGGCUGCUUUCUUCGGUGGCAUCGCUGCCCAGGAAGUCUUGAAGGCUGUCUCUGGAAAAUUCAACCCUGUGCAUCAGUGGAUGUACUUUGACUCUUUGGAGUCUCUUCCUUCGUCAACCACUCGGUCCGAAGAAAGCUGCAAACCCAUCGGUUCCCGCUACGAUGGGCAGAUUGCAGUAUUUGGAAAGGAAUAUCAAGAAAAGCUCUCCAAUGUCAAGCAGUUCCUCGUUGGUGCUGGUGCUAUUGGUUGUGAAACCUUGAAGAACUGGGCCAUGAUGGGUCUGGGCACCGGCCCUGAGGGCAAGAUCUUUGUGACCGAUAUGGACCAGAUCGAGAAGAGCAACCUUAACCGUCAAUUCCUUUUCCGUCCCAAGGAUGUUGGCCGUCUCAAGAGUGAAUGCGCUUCUGCAGCGGCUCAAGCUAUGAACCCCGAUUUGAACAAUAAGAUUGUUACUCUCCGUGACCGUGUUGGUCCGGAUACCGAGAAUAUCUUCAACGAAGAUUUCUGGAAUGGCUUGGAUGGAGUGACCAAUGCAUUGGACAACGUUGAUGCUCGGACGUACGUGGACCGGCGCUGCGUCUUCUUCCGCAAGCCUCUCCUCGAGAGCGGUACUCUAGGUACUAAGGGCAAUACUCAAGUCAUCCUACCUUUCAUCACCGAGUCCUACUCCAGCUCCCAGGAUCCCCCGGAGAAGUCCUUCCCCAUGUGUACCUUGAAGAGCUUCCCCAACCGUAUUGAACAUACCAUCGCUUGGGCUCGCGAGGUCUUCCAAACUUACUUUGUUGGUCCUCCUGAGGCAGUUAACUUAUAUCUCUCUCAGUCCGACUACAUCGAGCAGACUCUGAAGCAGGCUGGCAAUGAGAAGCAAACUCUGGAGCACCUCCGUGAUUUCCUUGUAACUGAGAAGCCCCUGACUUUUGACGACUGCAUUGUUUGGGCCCGUCAGCAAUUCGAGGCGCAGUAUAACAAUGCCAUUCAGCAACUGCUUUACAACUUCCCUCGGGACUCCAAGACCUCUUCGGGUCAGCCCUUCUGGUCUGGCCCUAAGCGUGCGCCUACUCCUCUGAAAUUUGACAGCGCCAACCCUACUCACAUCGGAUUUGUCAUCGCCGGUGCAAAUCUCCACGCAUUUAACUACGGUAUCAAGAACCCUGGUGCCGACAAGGGCUACUACUGUAAAGUGGUGGACGAUAUGAUCAUCCCUGAGUUUACUCCUAGCUCCAACGUCAAGAUUCAGGCCAAUGAGAACGAGCCCGACCCCAACGCCCAGCCCACAGGAAGCGACGACAGCGAGCAAAUCCAAAAACUUGUGGCCACCCUUCCAUCGCCGAAGUCGCUCGCUGGCUUUCGUCUGCAACCUGUCGAGUUUGAGAAAGACGAUGAUACCAACCACCACAUUGACUUCAUCACCGCUGCCAGCAACUUACGUGCCGACAACUAUGACAUUCCUCAGGCGGACCGUCACAAGACCAAGUUCAUUGCCGGAAAGAUCAUUCCAGCUAUCGCCACUGCCACUGCUCUGGUCACCGGUCUAGUAGCUCUGGAGCUUUUCAAGGUUGUUGAUGGCAAGGACGACAUUGAGCAGUACAAGAACGGCUUUAUCAACCUUGCACUCCCAUUCUUCGGCUUUAGUGAGCCCAUUGCCAGUCCGAAGGGCAAGUACCAGGGCAAGGAGGCGGAGGUUACUAUUGAUAGCCUCUGGGAUCGCUUCGAGGUGGACGAUAUUCCUCUCCAAGAAUUCCUGGACUAUUUUGCCAACAAGGGCUUGGAUAUCACCAUGGUCAGCUCGGGCGUCAGUUUGUUGUAUGCCAGCUUCUAUCCCCCGGCCAAAGUCAAGGACCGCCUGCCCUUGCCGAUGAGCAAGCUGGUAGAGCAUGUCAGCAAGAAGCCCGUGCCCGAGCACCAGAAGAACAUCAUUUUUGAGGUGACGGCCGAGGAUCAGACCGAGGAAGAUGUGGAGAUUCCGUAUGUGAUGGUCAAGCUGAGCAAAUAA